AUGGCUGAGGCUAUCUCAUCUACUGUAUUCGCUAUCAUCCUACAGUUGGGGCACUGGAUCUCAGUCGUACAGCUUGGGCUGUUCAAUGAUCAGGUCCCCGUGUCUCUCUGGAAGGAUGAAAUUGGGCGGUUGCGAGUGUGGGCUGCUGAUGUUGGAGCCGAUGAACGCGGUUCAUUGUCGUUAGACUACAGCCUGCGCGACUCAUCUCACCUCAAGGACCAGAUCUCCAGCCUUCUUCAACAGCUUCAAAGGAGCUGUGAAAAAUUGCUGGAGAUAGCAAAGCCUGGUUCAGCUGAUGGGAAGCUUCCGGAUCCUGAUAUGAACGAAAAGCUCCAGACAAAGCUCCAGACAGAGUCCCAGACGGAGUCCCAGACGGAGUCCCAGACGGAGUCCCAGACGGAGUCCCAGACAGAACUCCAGUCCAUUUAUCACUCUGUGCAUAAUACAGUGGACUGUCUCUUCCGUAUUGCGCCGGCAAUUCGUCAACCUGCCAGAAACCAUUUUGUUUUAGGGAUCACGAAGCCUGGGCUGCCAUUUAAACCUUCCGAUAAAGACCUUGUUUGGGAUAUUUACCCUUCGGUAGAUCAUCGGAUCGUCGAUCGCCUUGUAAUAGCGAUAUCAAUGCGCCGGGCAAUGCUGCGGUAUAGGAGAAAAUGCCAUUCGAACUUCGCUAUAGGACUGGAAGAAGUCGAGGAAGGCGAGCCUGACACACCAAAAUUGGUCAAAGGGGACACGUUACAGCUUGGGGAGCUAGUGGAAUUGAGGAACUCAAAUCGCUCGCGUGCAGCGCUUCUUGAACAAAAAGGUGAAGAAGCAAUGGUUUUUUUCCCCUAUCAGAUAGUGGAGGAAAGGGGCAAUCAUGGAGAGAUGCUCAUGGUGAAAAGCGAAACGAAGCCCCAGAAUCCAGCACAUCAAGAAAAGCGUCUGCUGGCCAAGACGCAGCAACAGAAACCCAGUUUGGGUAUACUUGUUGGUGGGUAUGUUGUCGAUGUGGAGAAUCACGGAAUGCAGAUGCAAAAGCCAGCGAGUGCCUUUCUUGUAAACAUUCUCGCUGCACAAGCUGUCGGUCAGUUGGAGGAUGAUGACGAUGAUGUUUCCCAUAAUGUGAACUGA